AUGGUGAUGGCCAUUAAGAGUUAUGUCCUCGCUGCUCUCUCGGCAGCUUCCACGCUGGCCGCAGUAGUACAACCGGCUCCGCGCGCCUCUAGCUUCGUGACCAUCUCAGGAUCUCAUUUUGACAUUGACGGCGAGGUGGGUUACUUUGCGGGUACUAAUUGCUACUGGUGUCCGUUUACAUACAACACCGCAGAGGUCGACACAACCUUGAGUGAUAUUGCCUCCUCGGGGCUCAAGGUCGUGCGCGUUUUGGGGUUUAGUGACUGGAAUACGUUGCCUCCAACUGGGGAGAUUUGGUUCCAGCUAUUAAAUGCCACAGGGUCUAUAAUCAACACAGGGGCCGAUGGCCUACAGAACCUUGAUUACGUAGUUGCUUCAGCCGAGCAGCAUGGUCUUAAGCUUAUCAUUCCGCUUGUCAAUAACUGGGACGACUUUGGCGGCAUCAACGCCUAUGUAAAUGCGUUUGGCGGCAACGCAACCUCUUGGUUCACCAACGCAGCAGCUCAAUCUCAGUAUCGCACAUAUAUCCACGCUGUCGUCAGUCGCUAUAUCAACUCGACAGCCAUCUUUGCGUGGGAGCUGGCUAAUGAGCCUCGCUGUGCCGGGUGUGAUACCGGCGUAAUAGCCGAGUGGGCUACAGGUGUAUCUCAAUACAUCAAGUCGCUCGAUCCAAACCAUCUCGUAACGCUAGGAGAUGAAGGACUCGGUCUCAGCACGGGAGAUGGCUCUUACCCAUAUUCCUAUGCUUCAGGCACGGACUUUGCCGCAAACAUACAAAUUGAGUCGCUUGAUUUUGGCACCUUUCACCUUUAUCCAGAUGGCUGGGGCGAAACCUACCCUUGGGGAAGCAGCUGGGUGCAAACUCAUGCCCAAGCUUGCGUGGAAGCGGGCAAGAUAUGCAUUAUGGAAGAAUAUGGCGCCGUGACUGAUCGCUGCACAAACAUGGUUCCUUGGCAAAAUGCCUCCAUGGCGAGCCUUGGUAUGGGCGGCGAUCUUUUCUGGCAAUGGGGCGAGACCUUUGUGUCUGGCUAUGGCGAUUCAUAUUCCAUCAACUACGGCUCGUCGGAUUGGCAUUGCGUGGUUCAAGAUCAUGUCGCGGCGAUUUCCGGCAAAUCCCCUCCUCCAUCUACGACGACUCUUACAGGCCCGACCGCUUCUGGCAGCUGUUCCAUCCUAUGGGGCCAAUGUGGAGGCAAUGGAUAUCUUGGUGCGACGUGCUGCGCACAAGGAACUUGCACAUACCUGAAUGAUUGGUACUCACAAUGUCAACCGUAG